ACUUUCCAUUGUUAAACGUUUUAUUUACGUUGUUAGAUUGAAACAUUUCUUCAAAUCCAAAUAGUAAAAAAUACAAAAUUGGGAAUUAUUAAAACAUUCCUAAAAGUGCAUAUGUAAUAGAACCGAAAAAAUAAUUAUAAAUAAAUAUGGUUUGUGUUCCAUGUUUCAUUAUACCACUACUUUUGUUUUUAUGGCAUCGAUUUGUGCAGCCGUAUAUUUUACGCUUCUGGAAUCCAUGGGCUGUAAAAGACAAGGACGGCAACGUAAUGAAAACCGAAUUCCCAUUUCAAUGUAAAGAAGGCGUUUGUGUUUUUGCACGAAACAAGAAUACAGAAAAUUCAACAAGCAACGAAGCUGAUCAAUCUGAAGACCAAAAAACGAAAUAAAAAGAAAACAACACUCCAAGGCCUACUUGUUUUGAGUAGUAAUUUAAUGGUUCAAAAACUAAUUAGGAAAUAAUGGCUUAAGGUAUAAACAUUUUGAAGCUACA